CACAACCGUCGCUGACAAUCUCGUUCGAUCUCGUUGUCGCCUCCGAACGCCCAACCCCAUGAAUCACGUUCGAUCUCAAUCUCGUUGUCGCCUACGCCGACGACCGCCAUGACACCGCUGAAAAUUCCCCCCGAUAUUGCGUUGGAAACCGUAAACGAGGCUUGGUUGGAAUCGGAUCUGUGAUAAGGGGGAGCUUGAUGUCGUCGAGGUGUCGAAGUUGAAGGGCGCGGAGGCUCGUCGGUGGUUUGCGAGGCAGCUUAUGUUGCCAGAGUGGAUGAUUGAUGUUCCUCCUAACCUUGAUUCUGAUUGGUUGUGUUGGAGUUGCAAGAUGACGGGAAAUUGGCUACCUCAGAUUAUCCUCCUGUAGUGCUCGGUUGCAGCGAUGCUAGAAAUGAGAAAAUGAUGAAAACUUGUUCGAGUAUAUCUGUUCUCCCAAGACCGCCACUAUCAAUUUCACAGGUGUAUCUAAUACCCUUUAUGCACUAAUUUUGAACAAUUCCCUGGUAACUCUAGGAUUUCCUUCCUACUAUUAAAUCUAUAAUUUGCACUUUUCGGUAUAUUGGUAGAUGUCAAAUAAGGCACGGUGGUCAGUUAUGCAAUCGUACAAUCUCCUCAAGUAUCACAAGCGCGCGCACAGAGCUGCAGUUAAAGCUUUGGAGAGCAAACACAGCCUUGGCGUUGUCAUCAGAAGGAUAGAAGAAGCCAUGUCCUCCCAUAGCUGACAGCAUAAAUUUCAAGUUAUUUCAAAAGGGAUUCUCAGAAGCUCCAGACUAUCCUGGUAUAAUAAGUUUCGAGAACUUGUGCAGAUAUGGAAAAAGAAAAGAAACCGGAUGAAUAAGUGUCAAUUAAUAAAGCUCAGUCUAGCCCAUGCCUCAUCUUCUUUUAUGAAAUGAAGAAGCAAAGAUAUCAAACCUUCUUCAAUCUUUCUAAAGGAUGUUAUAUUCGGAAUAUUGAACAGAUGCAAAAUGGCAUGUGUUUUCCAACUCCUCAGGGAUGGAUGCUAAUUGUUCACCCACACGGUAAACAGUACUGUUGCUUAUUCGACCCUCUCACUAUGUCGAAGAAAAACCUACCUUCCCUGCAACAGGAAGCUAGUCCUGUCACCAACCUUACAUGCACCUUAUCCUCUUCUCCAACAGAUGAAAAUUGCACGGUAUUAUGCGCUGACAUGGGGAAAAGAUUACUCUUCUUCUGUCAAGAUGGAGAUAGAAAAUGGACUCUUUACAAGUACAACCUCGGAGAUAACUAUCUUUCAAAUGUUGCAACUUAUGAUGGAAAGUUCUAUGGUCUUACGUUGCAAGAUAACUUUGCAACAAUUGAUUGCUCCCCAAACCCUCGAAUAAAUAUAUUGGAACCAUUGAAUAUUCAUUGGCCCGUUGGGGCGUCUACAAGAAUAUCAUACCUGGUUGAAUCUUUCGGCGAGAUGUAUUCAGUUGAUUGCUUUAAAAGGGCUCACAAAUCAAAUAAAACCACGCAUAUUUCGGUCAAGAAGAGAGACUCGUCGAGACAAGCAUGGGAUACAGUUUACAGUAUUGGCGGGAGGGUGAUCCUAUUAGGAAGUGAUGAUUCUUCAGCGUCGUGGUCUGCGAGUGAACUUGGCGUCAAGGGAGAUUGCAUAUAUUAUGUAGAAACUGAUGAUAAGCGUGUGUAUUGUUUCGACCUGGAGGAAGGAUGCACUUCAGUUUAUAUGCCUUGCUCUCGUCUUCAGCCUUCGGGACUUACACCCAUCUGGAUAUUGCCUGCAUCAUAAGUGAUGCCGUCGCUAGCUUCGUGUCAUUAUAGGUUCCAUUUUGUAUUGCUCACAUUAAUUAUGACCUUAUAAAGUGCUAUUUCGCAUUGA